CACCCCUACAAACAUACACACUCAAGCUCCUGCUCUCACACAUCGCUUUACACACAGGCAGGGAUCUUACACGCGGAGGACUUCGCAUGACAGGACACCAAACCAGGAUCCGGACAGCCUGUAAGCUUCACAUGGCACAUGAUCUGGAAUCCUAAAAACGGACAGAAACCACCUGAACCCAAAGCACAGCCUCAUUUCCAAAGUGAUUUACAUUGCAAAGCCACAAUCUACUCGUCUCGGACUUGCGUAACCAACUAUGUCAAAGGAUGAGGAAAUUCGGAGCCCACCUCCAGAUAGCCGGAAGAAAUUUUAAUGUAAAUGUAUAUGGAAAAAGGAGAAGUCAUCAUGAGAAGGAAUCUGUAGGACACUGGUAGAGUACUUAAUAACCAUCGCACCCGGCCGUCGACUCAUUACAUGGAUAUACAGUGUGGAUGGACAGCUCACGCUAGCGCCUCCAAUCCUGCCUCCAUUAGGGAUUUGCCCUCCCCUCCUGCUGCCUGAGGUCAACCCAACACAACACCACCUUGAUAAGUCUGGCUUAGCUGGCCACUUGAGUUUCAAUGCUCCACGCUGCUCUAAGAUGAGGGUAUGGAAAGAGGUCACCCUCGCCUUCAUCCUGUUUGGUACCUCGUUUUUCCUCCUGCUUAUGAAAACCACAUCACCUGUUGGGUCUUCCUACCCAAAGGCCUUAAGGAUUUCAUCAGACCCUUCCUCACAUCCAGCAGACACAGCACUUGAACUGCCUCAAUCAUCCUCAUCUUUACUCUCAUCAACCUCAGCGAGGAAGCCAGCGCCGCGCCGAGUGGUCAGAGCCACGGAGGACAUGGGCUCUCUUCUCUCAGAAUUCUCGUAUCUCUUCCAAAGCUUCACCGAGGGCGAGCUGAGGAAGGUGAUCGCGACCCUGGUGGAGCAGAAGGAGAGGAUGAUCAGAACCAAACGAGCGAGGAAGGGCCCGAAGCCGUGCUCUUUACACGAGAUCGAGCUCACUGUGAGCGAGCUGGGGCUCGGGUACGAGAGCGACGAGACGGUGCGCUUCAGGUACUGCAGUGGGAAGUGCAUCCACGAACGACGCAACUAUGACUUUGUCAUGGAGCACAUGCAGUUAAAUAACGGCUCCAGUGAGAGGGGCCGGCGAGGACGGGAAAACGGAAAAAAAGACAAGGCACGCUACACCCCGUGUUGUCGCCCUACAAAGUUUGAGAAGAAAAUGUCUUUCUUUGACAACAAGGACAGGUUCUACACCAUCCAGAACGUCUCUGCGAGAGCGUGCGGUUGCGUAUGACAUUCUGUUAACUAUGGAAACAUGGGAGAAACAAGGGAGGAUGUCUAUACCUCACAACGGCAACAGAGAACGUUUUAAAAUUCCGUGGUAAACAUAGGAACUUUGGGAAGGGCGACCAUGUGACACGCAGAAACCAUGGAAUUGUUUGAGAACGUAGGGCAAAUUGCAAUUCUGAAAAAGAUGCUGAGAGGGACCCACAAUGCCAUCAUGGAAAGAGUGAAAGCUACAGAAUACGCAAAAUUCAAAAGAUGAGGUCUGAAAUGUCUAAAGCCUUGGCAACUAUGGGACAAAGUUUCGUUUCUGCCUUUUCAGUGGUUACAGGCACUUUUGAUUAGCACCAGGCACUGGACUUUAAUCAAAGGUGGAUCGCUGGUUUCAUUCGAUGGGACCAAAGCUGGCGGGAGACUCCUUUCGCCUUCCACUGGAAACUUCUGCAGAAGAACAAGUACAGAUAUAAUAGUAUUUAACCGAAUUUAUAAAUAUAUAUAUAUUAAUGGUAGAGGGCUACAGCAACAACUGUAUGCUGCUCGCUUUUGUUACGAAUCUGAAUACUGAAGUAUGAAGUGCAUCGCAGCUGUGAAAACUACCUCAUUUCUUUCUUCGUUUCUUUUUUGUUUGUUUUCUUAGAAGAAUGCACAUGCAAUGAACCUUGUUCUACCGCACCCACUUCCUGGGAUUACGCUAGUCAGAAAUAUGAAUCAGAGGUAUACAUGUAGAUAAAUGCUUCUCAACCAAAAGUCUCCUAGGAUGGAUAUUAGCUAAAACAACAACUUGAAAUGUAUAUACACACACUAUCAAACCCCCGAAUUUGACCUUAAAGCCUUGCCAAAGCAUGUCUGAUCAAAUCCAAACUUCCCCUGUCCUUUAGACAAUUUACACCCUGAUAUUUACAUUUAAAAUAGGAAUAGUUGAUCCAAUUCCAAGGGCCAAUUGGGAAAAGUAUAGCUUAAAAAGUCUUCCCAAUGGUGUCGUCCCUCAAAGAUCUUAAAAGUUCAUUUUUCUCAUGGUCACGUUCAUGUUCACAUUCUUUUAGACGAUGAUACUUGAGAUUCAUUCUUUUGGAAAGUAAUUCCAGGUUUAGUCCUUCUCAACAGAAAAUAUACAUUUAUUAUCCCUGAACACAUUUAUGGACAAGUAAUUUUAACCUUUAUUUAUGCAGGUGGAACAUUAUACUGUUAGAAAUAAAGGUUCUUUGUAGCACUUCACAUUAAACAAAUUUCUGUCCUCAUAAGAACCAUUUUCUGCUGUACAGGUUCAUCAAAAAUUCAUUAAAAUUCUUGAUUCUUUAGACCAAAGUAUUGGUUUUGGGGUUCUAAAGCAACAGUAAAUUGGGUUAAACCUCACAAAACCUGUCAAGAACAUGGGUUACAUCAUCUUUGAAUCAAAUGAAAGGCAUGAAAAUACAUUCCACAAAGAAAAUUGUGUUUUUAAAAAAGGAAAGUUUUUUUUUUUUGACCUUGUUCCUGGUAAUUCAUUGCACUCAUUACAGUAAUGCAAAAAAAAAAAUCAAAUUUAAAUGGUAAAAUGGUAAAUGCAUAUGUGACCCUGGACUACAAAACCAGUCUUAAGUGUAAAUUUUUCGAAACUGAGAUUUAUACAUCAUCUGAAAGCUGAAUAAACAUGCUUCCCAGUGAUGUAUGGUUUAUUAGGAUGGAACAAUAAUUGAUCGAGAUUUUUUUGACUAUUUGAAAAUCUAGAAUCUGAGGGUGCAAAAAUUCUAAAUACUGAGAAAAUCACCUUUAAAGUUGUCCAAAUGAAUUCUUAGCAAUGCAUAUUACUAAUCAAAAAGUUUUUAGAUAUUUACGGUAGGAAGUUUACAAAGUAUCUCCAUGGAACAUGAUCUUCUUACUUAAUAUCCUAAUGAUUUUUGGCAUAAAAGAAAAAUCAAUAAUUUUGACCCAUACAAUGUUUUUUUCUUUUUUUUUUUGGUUAUUGCUUAAAAGAUACCCCAGCGACUUAAUACUGGUUUUGUGGUCAAGGGGUCACAUACUUUGCAGAAAUGUGACCUGGGCAAAUUUUCCCAUAUGCAAUUUUCUAAAGCCAAACAGGUACUUAAAUUUGUGCAGCUUUAAAUGGUUCUCCUGACAUCAGGCUGUAAAACCCCUUGAACCUUGCACAUGCUUCACCCUUCCUUAUAGAAAAAGUUUUUAUGUUUUCUUUUCUGGAUUAGUUAUUGGACUAAUUACAGAGCAUGAAAUCUGUCAUAAACGCAAUUAACUGAUCAUUGCAUGUGUGAAGAUGAACUGCCGAGGAGACUAAUGGUGGAGUCGUAAGCAGUUCUAAGCUGUUCAGACGGACAGGAUUAAGCAUUAAAUUUAGCCUUGGCCUUUCAGAAACAUGCUGUAAAAGUGUAGACUGUCUUUUCACUGCUACAUUCCAGUUUAACUCCUGUAUAUUACACCAUAUUUCAUGUUUGUCAAAUCAGAAACAGAAAAGGACAAAUCUGGUUUAUAAUAUAAAAUAGUUGGAUUUGGUCUAUAACAAAUGAGCCACAAUUCCUCAAAUUCGUUCAUAGAUUAUUAUGAUAAUCUACAACUACAUUUCUUAUAUUCAUUGAUGUAAAUUCUUCAUUCUUUGCUGUUCUUUCUCACUGAAAAAGACUGUAGUCUAAUUGAAUAACUCUGAAGUAAUUAAGGACAAAACAAAUGAGAUUGGAGUCAGUCCAGGAUCCGCCGGGCCUUUCCUUCAAAGCUAAUGGAGUUACUGUAAAAACAAUGCAACAGCUAAUGGAGCAUGCAGUGGUUUUACUCGCAUCACUUACAUUUCAAUUCAGGUGGAAAAUGAUGUCAUUAAUGUAUUUAAAUUGCAAUUUAAAAUGCAAUGUAUCUUCUGAAUGAAAGUGGAAUUACCCAGAUCUUGCCACACACCGUCAAACCCAGUGCAAGGAAUCACUCAACUUCAAACAAUCAUUACAUCCUGCCCUGUGGAAAUAUCAGCAGUAGACAAGAAACAUGUCUUCAGUUUGUUUUUAGAAAUUUAAGGCACUCUGCCAAUGUUGGAACCCUAGUAAGCCAUUAAACUGUGUCUAAGCUUGCUAAUUGGAUACAGAAGGUGAUCGCUCACUUCAGUAAGGCAUUACAAGUAUUGUCUGUGCAAAUAAAAUUCUUGUUUUGUUUUGGCGAACAAUUAAUACGAUCUGUAAAUUAACUUAAAGCAACAGUUCUCCCAAAAAUGAACAUUUGCUUAAAAUGUACUCACCCUCAGGCCAUCCGAGAUGCAGAAGCAAUUGUUUCUUUUAAUAGAGAAAUAACACUUUUACAUCACUUGCUCACUAAUGGAUCCACUGUAGUGAAUGGGUGCUAUCAGAAUGAGCCUGAAUAUAAUAGAUAUUAUACCUAAGUUAAAAGUGUCCUAAUGAUGGAUUUGUUUCUUACAAACAUGCAGCUUUUGGCUUCAUAAGAAAUUAACUGUUGGACUGGGGUGGUGUGGAUUACUUGUGGAUUAUUGCGAUGUUUUUAUUGGACUAUCAUUCUGACGGCACCCAUUCACUGCAGAGUGAUGUAAUGCGACAUUUCUCUAAGUCUGAUGAAGAAACAAACUUAUCUUCAUCUUGGAUGGACUGAGGGUUAGUCGAUUUUCAGCAAAUAAUUGUUUUUUUUUGAGCAAAGCAUUCCUUUAAACUAGAUGUCACCUAACAUGUAAAAGUUUUUGUCCCCCUCUGAAAAAACUAAUGCAAUUAAGACAAGGGGUUCAGUGACUCUACUUCUGUCCAUUUAUAUUGAAGUGGAGGGCUUGAGUGUCUGUAUUUGUGUGUACAAAUGAAUUGAAAGUACUGCGACAGUAUUACAGGAAUGCAAAUGUAUGUGUGUGGUUGUAACUUUUUCCAUGUCAAACAAUCAUGAUCAGCAUUUGGGAGUGUUGGAUAUUUUUUUUUCAAACCAACAGCAGAAAUGUCGAUGCAGUGCAUCUGUAUUGUGGAUAAACUGUAUUUAUUGCAAAAUGCUUUUCAUUUAUAUUUAGAUAUUUCAUGAGGGAGACAGAAACGUAUUUAUUAUUUUACACUUGUGCCAAAUGGAAUUUCUAAAGUCGGCUGAAUAAACAUACCCAGCUUACAACAAAACACAAAAAGUUGCUUAUUUGUCUUGAGUUUCUAAAUUCACUUUCCUGUUUACGCUCCACUACAAAAUGUGUAGACGGCAGAUUUACAAUGCCGCAGCUUUAGGGCACAAACAGA